AUGGCUCGUCGUCCCGCUCGUUGCUACCGUUACUGCAAGAACAAGCCGUACCCCAAGUCGCGCUUCAACCGUGGUGUCCCCGACCCCAAGAUCCGAAUCUUCGAUUUGGGUCGCAAGCGCGCCAAGGUCGAUGACUUCCCUCUCUGCAUCCACAUGGUCUCCAAUGAGUACGAGCAGCUGAGUUCCGAGGCUCUCGAGGCCGCCCGUAUUUGCGCCAACAAGUACCUCGUCAAGUACGCCGGAAAGGAAGGUUUCCACUUGCGCAUCCGCGUUCACCCUUACCACGUCGUCCGUAUCAACAAGAUGUUGUCUUGCGCUGGUGCCGAUAGACUGCAAACCGGUAUGCGUGGUGCCUGGGGUAAGCCCAACGGCACUGUCGCCCGUGUCAACAUUGGUCAGAUCAUCAUGAGCGUCCGCACUCGUGACUCUAACCGCGCCAUUGCUCUUGAGGCUCUCCGCCGAUCGCAGUACAAGUUCCCCGGUCGCCAAAAGAUCAUCAUCUCCAAGAACUGGGGUUUCACCCCCCUCCGCCGCGAGGAGUACCUGGAGAAGGUCGCCGCUGGCCGCGUCAAGGUCGACGGUGCCUACGUUCAGUUCCUUGCCAACCACGGCAACCUGGCCAACAACAUGAAGCGUUUCCCCGAGGCUUUCCAGGAGGCUUAA